CCGCUACCACCUCCCGAAGCCCCAGGUCAGAAGGAAGAGAGGUGGAGCACGGCCCGGGGAGAGAAGGAACUCGCACGAAAAGGAUGCGAGCGCGGGCGGCCAGGAGCAGAGCGGCGCAGCCCCCUGGGUUCCCGUGUGAUACGCACCAGGGGCGUCGGGAAGUGGUCAGAAGGAAUCUGGUCUCCGCUGGGGGCUGCUGUGGCGCGCUCGGAGUUUGUUUCCGGGUCAGAGGGCGGAAGCAGCGAUUGGCUCCCGAGCCUUCCGCGAGAUUUAAAAUUAAAAUGGACAACUUGGAGACUGCAGCUCGGCCGGAGUUUGCUUCUGUUGGGUCUGCACCUAGCGGGUCUACUUUGAGCCAGAGAAUGGCUGUGCUUAAUCAAAAGUCUAUCUUGGAUAUGAUUAAAGAGUUCAGAAGGAAUUGGCACAUUCUUUGUGACUCUGAGAGAACUACUGUAUGUGAUGCAGACUCCAUGCUCUUGGCAUUGCAGCUUUCCAUGGCAGACAACAACAAACAGCACAAUGGAGAAUUUACAGUUCCUCUCAGUGAUGUCUUAUUGACCUGGAAAUUCUUCCUACAUGAGAAGUUGAACUUACCAGUUGAAAAUAUGGAAGUGAUUGACCAUUAUGAGGACAUUAGGAGGACUUACGAUGAUUUCUUAAAGAAUAGUAAUAUGUUAGAUCUGAUUGAUGUUUAUAAAAAAUGUAGUGUUUUGAUUUCUAAUUGUGAAAAUAAUGCCAACGUAUCCCCUAGUCAACUACGGGAUUUUCUGCUUGGGAGACAGUAUGCAGUAGCUGAUGAAACUGAUCUUUAUGUACCGACAUCACCAAUGAGUAAACACAACCAGGAUAAUGAAAAGGUGCAGUUACUAGCAAGGAAAGUUAUCUACUCAUAUUUAAGCCUGCUAGUGAAUUCAAAGAAUGACCUGGCUCUGGCUCAUAUUCUUAAUAUUCCUGAUAGAGGACUUGGACGAGAAGCCUUCACUGAUUUGAAACAUGCUGCUCAAGAGAAAAAGAUGUCUAUCUUUUUGGUGGCCACAUCAUUUAUUAGGACACUAGAGCUUGGAGGGAAAGGAUAUGCACCAUCACCAUCUGAUCCUUUAAGGGCACAUGUAAAAGGAUUGUCUAAUUUUAUUAACUUCAUUGACAAAUUAGAUGAGAUUCUUGGAGAAAUACCAAAUCCAAGCAUUGCAGGGGGUCGGAUACUCUCAGUGAUAAAGAUGCAGCUGAUUAAAGGCCAGAACAGCAGGGAUCCUUUUUGUAAAGCAGUAGAGGAAGUAGCUCAGGAUUUGGAUUUGAGGAUUAAAAAUAUUAUCAAUUCUCAACAAGGAGAUGUAAUUCUUGGUACCACUGAUAUCAGUCCUGCAAGGCCAAAAUCUUAUGCUAUAAACCAUGGUACUGCAUACUGUGGCAGAGAUACUGUGAAAAUUUUACUAGUUCUUUUGGAUGAGGAAGCAGCCAGUUUGCCUACCAAAAACAAAGCAGAGCUUUUAUAUGAUGAUGAAAACACAAUUCAUCAUAAUGGGAUUUCUAUUCUUACACUUUUUAGAUCUCCCACACAAGUGAAUAAUUCAUCAAUGAAACCCCUAAGAGAACGCAUCCAUAAGUCAAUGCACGAGAAAAAAACUAAGAUGAAACAAACCUUAAUUAGAUCCCAGUUUGCUUGUACUUAUAAAGAGGACUGCAUAAUAAGCAAGGAUAAAUGGAAUGAUGUUAAUUCAGCAUCAGAGCCUUUGUAUGUACUUCGCAUGGAAAAUGACCUUUCUGAAGGUGUAAAUUCAUCUGUUAGAAGACCAACAGUUGGAACGAGUUCUGGAAAUGUUCAUCUGGACAGAAGUAAAAGUGAAAAAGUUGCAAGGAAAUCAAGUAGUCAGACAGGAAAUAAAAGCUCAAAGAGGAAACAGGUGGAUUUAGAUGAUGAAAAUAAUCUUUGUGAUAGUGGAAAUGAACCAUCUCAACAUAAAAAUUUUAAAAUACCUAAGACAUCAAACAAUUUCCAGAAUAAAUUGUGUGGCAAAAUAGCUAGAGUAGCAAAAAGCAACAACUGUACAGGCAAGGACAAAUUGAUUACUGGCCAGACAAAGUUAACUCAAUAUUUUAGACUAUGAAUUUGUUUUUUAUUUGCUUUAGAUUUCUGUAUAUAUUAAAGCAUUCACCAAAGGCAUCUACUUAAUUUUUAAGAGAUCAAGGUAUAGGGGCGCGUGGGUGGCACAGUCGGUUAAGUGUCCGACUUCAGCUCAGGUCAUGAUCUCGUGGUCCAUAGGUUCGAGCCCCACAACGGGCUCUGUGCUGACAGCUCAGAGCCUGGAGCCUGCUUCGGAUUCUGUGUCUCCCUUUCUUUCUAUCCUCCACCACUCAUGCUCUGUCUCUGUCUCUCUCUCUCAAAAAUAAAUAAACAUUAAAAAAAAUUAAAAAAGAGAUCAAGGUAUAAGUUAUGAUUCUUUAUUAUAUUGGUCUGAAGUGUAUAUAAGGUUAGUAUGUUAAGCAUUUAAAAAAUACUCAUAAAUCAUAAUUAUGCAGACUAUUCACAAAGUUUAAUGCACAGAUAAAGCAUAUCAUUUAAGUUACAGAUUUAUUUACUUUAUUUUAAAACAGACAUUUUAAAUAAUACAAGUCAUAGUAACAUUAAGGGCUUUUUCCUGGACAGACAAUUAAAUGAUUUUGUUUUCUUCAGGAAAGAUGUGGUCCAGCAGGUUUCAGACUUGCCAACAAGGUCGAUAGACUCUUCCCAGCAUGCACCUGAGCACUGAAGGAAUAAAAAAGUUUAAAUUGUCUAAAGGACUAUUAUUAUCACACAAAAUUUAUUAGAAAUAAGAGAAUGGAUCUUCUACAGCUAAUUCUGAGUAAGUCAGUAUUACAAUAACUCUUAAAUUCUUUUUAAUCCCACAUCUGUGGCAGGGGGCACUUAAUGUCAAGUGUAAUUGAACCAUGGUCUUACUUGAUUUUGUUAAGAUUGGAUCCAGAUCCACUUAAAGUCAGAAUUCUCUUUUAUAGUAUUAAGAUGUAAGAAUUGAAUUUUAAAAAGACUACUCACUGUCAAAAUCUCUCCUUCCUAUAGGAAAUUUAGCUGAGUUUUCUUCAUCCCCAAUUUCUCUCUUUUCUUGUGUUGAUUCAGUAUUCUGAACUCCAUUCUCAGCUGGAAAAGCUACAGAUCCUUUUAGUGCCAGAUAAGGUUUUAUAGCCAGAUUCAGUGGCAGACCAUGAUUUAAGAAAUUAUGUUUGGAGCCUGUGUUCUGUAAAGAAAAGGUUGAUUUGUGUUUUAGCUGUCUUAUUGGGAAUAGAACUAUAAUAUAGUUGUAUAGUAUUCUCACUGAUCAUUUCAAAGAUGGCUCUGUACUGUUUUGACUCUUUAAAAAUACAUUAGAUACAGGUUUUUGGGAAAAACCUUUUGGAUAAGAGGUGUUGUCCAGAAUGGAAAAACCACCUGCUAUGUACGAAAUUUCGUCAGUUGUCCUAAAGCAUAAUGUGACUGCUUGCAUAUAUUUUUACAAAAUUUUACUUUCAAAAGCAUUGUAAACAUCAUUCAGAUUUCCACUGAAAAAAGGAUAAGUCCCAUUGCCACUUACCUUUGAAUUUUUGUUUUCCUCAUCGUUCAUGAAACUGCUCUCAUCAUUUUUAUAUUGUUCCAGAGAAGGAACGACGACUGAUUUUUGAGGAGUAUCAUCCUUCUGAAAAGCUUUCCCCAGCCUGAAUGUAUUAAAUACCAUGUCAUCUUCUAAAUUUCUUAUGGACUUGGAUGCUGAAAGUAAAAUGCCUUGAGAAAACAGAGAAAAAGUUAGUAUUAAUAUGUAGGAAGAGAGACUCAUUUUUGCCAUUCUUAGUUUGAUGUUUGCGUAGAGUCAAAUAAAAGUAUGUAAAGUGAAGGAAAAUUUCUCAAGUCAACCUGCUUUGAAAGUGAUUCCUACCUUUAUAUAUUUUCCAGUUUGAAUAGAAAGCACUUCAAAGACGUAGACUUUCAUCAUUCUAGAAAUGACUCAUCAGAUAGAGGCUAACCUCUUGUAUAGCUGCUAAUACCUACAUUGUUUUGGUUUUAGUGGCAUAUUGUUUAUUUUGAGUGUGUAUUUUCUCAGAAUCUGAUUAAGAUCCUUGGUAGAAUGCUUUCUGUUGAAUAGAUUACAGUCUCUUGAAAGUGGAUUGUUAUUAAGGAAGACCAUGGGACACCAGGCUCUCCAUACUCUUACUGUUUUCUUCUCUAUAUUUUCUGAUUAGGCAUGGUAUUAAAGCUAAAGUUAUUUUAUUUAAGGAUGAUAAAGGUUUUAUUUACUUUUAAUCCUGAUUAAAUUGAAGUAGUCUUCCAAAAGGAUUUUCUUUCAUAAAUGCUCAGUUUAGUUUUUGGUAAUUAAAGUAUAUAUGCCUGUCAGUGUGAACAAAAAGUCAUUCAUGCCUUAUCAAAAAUUGGCUUGUCAUUGUGUUUUAUCUCUGCAUUUACAAGAGGAUAUUAAUUAUGAAUUUAACAAUGAAUAAGAAGCCCAUGAAAAGAGUAUUAUGUGUUCUAUAAAAAUUAAUUUUGGGUGAAUAUGUUGUACAAUGGUUAAUUAAACAUUUUGCAAUUAAGUUCUCAUUUUGACCCCUCCAAGUAGGAGAAUACAUUCUUGUAUUUGUCUUUUGGUACAUAUGUGCAAACAUUUUCUAGGGUAUAUUCCUAGGUGUGGAAUUAGUCAUGGAAUACACGUGUUCAGCUUUACUAAUGCCAAAAUGUUUACAGAAUAGUGGUAGCCAAUUACCUGCCUACCAGCAGGGGUGUGACAAUUCCCAUUGCUCCAUGUCCUAACCAAUACUUGGGUAUCUUAUUGUCCUUUUAAUUUGUAUUUCUCUAAUUACCAAAGAAGUUGAAUGUCUUUUCAUAUAUUUAUGAGCCAUUUGUCAUUCCUCUUAUGUAAAAUGCCCCUUAAAAAAAAUCUUUGUCCAUUUUUCUUUGGGUUGUCUUUUUCAUAGUGAUUUAUGGGAGUUCUUUAUAUCCUAGAUGUUAUUGUUAGUUACAUGUGUUUUAUAUAUUUUUUCUCAUUUUGUGACUUGUCUUCUCAACCCCUUUUUGGUUCUUUUGGUGCACCAAACUGCUAAAUUUUAUUGUUUAAAAAUUUUUCCCUCAUAAUAUGAUUAGUACUUUCAACAUGUUUUUAUUUAGAAAUCUUUCCCAACCCUGAGAUCAUUAUCAUAUUUCCAUACAUUCUAAAGCUGAAAUGUUUUGACAUUGACAUUUAGUUUCUUAAUUCAUCUGAAAUUUUGUGUAUGAUUUAGAAUAGAGAUAAAUUUUACUUUUUCCAAAUGUUUUUACAUAUUUCUUGAAUAAUUUGUCCUGUGUCUACUAAUCUGCACUGCUGUCUCUGCAGUAUAUCAACUUUCUGUAUACAUGUGUGUCUCUUUCUGAACUCUUCUUUCACUGCCAAAUCAACAAUCUUAAUUAUUAUAAUUCUAAAAUAAUUUUUGAUAUCUGGUAGGUCAAGUUUCCUAGCUGCCUGCUCACCCACCAGUUUUUCUUCUACAGCAGUUCCUUGGCUAUUGUCCAUUUCUUUUUCAUAUAAAUCUUAACAUCAUCUUUUCAAGUUCUGUGAGAAACUUUGGUGGGAUUUUUAAGGGAAUAGUAUUAGUUCUGUGGAUUAAUUUUAGAGGGUAAUUGACACUUUUAGGAUAAUUCAUUUUCUUAUCCAUGGACAUGGUACUUUUCCAUAUUUAUUUAGAUCUUCUUUAAUCUUUUAAUAACAUUUACUAUUUUCUUCAUAAAGUUCUUACAUGUUUUUGUCGAAAGGACUAUAAUUCUUUAUAAUUAUACUUAAACUAUUUUAGUUAUUAUAAAUGGUAUUUUUAAGAAAUUUACCUUUUCUAAUGUUAUUGUUGGUUAUAGACAUGCAGUUGGCUUUUGUGUAGUGCUCUUAUAAACAAAAUACUUUCUAAAUUCUUUUUAAUUCCAAAUAGUUUAUAAAUGUAUUAAUUCUUUGGGGUUCUCCAUGAAGACAAUUGAUAUAAAAAAUAAAAUAAUGGCAUUUUAUUACCUCCUUCCAAGCCCUUCUAUAUUUGUAUGUGUGUGUGUGUGUGUGUCUUUCUUCCGUGUGUCUGUCUGUGUAAGCAUGCACAGUAAUACUGACCAAAACCUCCAGUAAAUGUUGAGAAUAGAGAUAACAGACAUCUUUGCAGUAUGACUGAUUUUAGAGAGAAUGCUUUUAAUGUUUUGCUGAUGAUCAUAUCAUUUUUCUCCUUCGAUCUUUAGUAAAUGAAAUGAACAGAUUUUUCUCAUGUUAAAUCAACCAUGUGUACAUGAAACAAACCUUUUAAAAAUAUAAUUGGAGUCAAUAUGGUAGUAUUUGAUUUAGUACAUUUUACGUUUAUUAUCAUGAGUGAGAUUGAUAUGUACUUUCUCUUUCUUAUGUUACCUUUGUCUGGCUUUAAGGUUAUGCUAGCUUCAUAAAAUGAACUGGGAAAUAUGUUUAUUGCAUUUCUUUUCUCUCCUGUAAAAACUAUUUGAGUAUGGUGUUUUCUUGCUGGGAUUUUUUUUUUUUAUAACGAUGAAUUCACUUUGUUCAGUGACUGUAGGAGUAUUCAGCUUCUCUGUUUCUUUUUUAGUUUGUUUCAGGAAUGUGUAUUAUUAUAGGAUUUGUCCAUUUCACUAAAGUUUUCAAAUUUGCUAGUAUAAAGUUAUUAAUAAUAUUUUCUUCUAAAUAUUUUAAUUCUUGCUUCAUCUGUAGUUAUAUUUUAUUCUAAUUAUGUUUACUUGUAGUCUUACAGUCUCUGCCUGUCUCUCUUUCAUCCCUCUGUUUUGAUCAGGCUUCCUAGAAGUUUAUCAGUGUUGUUAGCCUUUUCAAAAACAAACUUUUGGUUUGUUGCUCUUUAUUAUAUUUUUCUAUUUUAUUAAUUUCUGCUGUUUAUUAUUUUGGGGGAGAUAUUUUUUAAUUUUUAUAAGUUCUUACAUUAGAAGAAUAAAUCAUUAAUAUUUAGACUUUAAGAAAAUAAGCUAUAUGUUUCCUUUUAUGUAUCAUUUUUGCUAAUUCCUACAAUUUUGAUAAGUGAAUAUUCAGUGUUUAAUUCUAAAUUUUUAUUAUUUUCAUUAUUUCUUCUUUGACCCCUCAGUUACUUAGGUACUUUUAACAUUCCAAAUAUAUGGGAAUUGAAAUUUGGGGGCAGGGGCUACCAAUUUUCAACAAAGUUGUGUCAGAAGUCUUGGUCUAUAAAUUAUAGAGUAUUUGAAAUCUAGAUUCAACAAUAUGUAAUGAUUUUCAACUGUUUUUGACAUACAAAUACAAAUUUCAUAUAGUUCAACAUAGAGAAACUUGCCUUAUGGCCUAUAAUAUCUUCACUUUACAUAAAAGUUCUGUCUAUUCUUGAAAAGACUAUGUAUACAUUAUUGUUGAGAUCAGGGUUCUAUAAGUCUCCAUAAGAUGAAACAUGAUAAUGUGUUGUUUAAAUCUUAGAUGUUUUAUUCAUUUUUUGUCCACAUAAACUAUCUAUUAUAGAAAGAGAUAUUCACAAAUCACUACAAUGGACUUAUCUAAUUCUUUUUGUAGUUUGCAAUUUUUGCUUUAUUUAUUUUGAGCUUAUGUUAUUAGGACACUCAAAUUAGAAAUUGUUUCAUCUUGCUUAUAAGCCAAAUCAUGUAUCAUGACCCUCUGCAGCAUUAAUAAUGUGUCUAUUACUGUUAUUUUUCCUGUAUCUUUAUGUUUUAGAUAUACCUAUUGUAAAUACCAUGUAGCAAAGUUUGGAAUUUUUAGUCUGAUAAUUCUGUCUUUUACUUAGAGACUUUAGUCUAUUUAUAUUUAUUCUGUUUACUGAAUUACUGAGAUUCAUUACCACUGUCUUCUUUUGUGAUUUUUAUUUGUUCUAAUACGUUUUCCUCACCCCGCCCUCCCUUUCUUGCCUUCUGGUUAAAUUUAAUCUAUUUUUUGUUCUUUUAGAGGCAACCCUAGUGCUCGCUUCGGCAGCACAUAUACUAGAGGCAACCCUAGAUAUUUUAAUAUCAUCUUUAGUUAUUUAUGUUUUAGUUAAUCUGUAUUUCUGCGUUUCUCCCAAAUAAGGUAAACACCUUCAAAGCCUUAGCUCCAGUUACCAUUAUUCCUAAUUUAUAUGCUAUUAUGUUAUUUUUUUAAUGUUUAUUUAUUUUUGAGGGAGAGACAGAGUCGCAUGGAGGAGGGGCAGAGAGAGACACACAGAAUCCGAAGUAGGCUUGAGGCUCUGACCUGUUAGCACAGAGAGUCUGAUGUGGGGCUCGAACUCACCAACUGUGAGAUCAUGUCUUGGGCUGAAGUCAGAUGCUUAACUAUCUGAGCCACCCAGUCCCCCCAUUGCUAUUAUUUUCUAAGAUUUAAGUUCUGUCUUGAUUUUUUUAAUGAAAUAGAGACUAUUCUGUUGUUUUAUGCAGUUAACUCUUGUUUAGAUUUACCUGCAAGCUUACUUUUUUUUCCUCACCAUUCCUUUUUACAUCUGAGAUCUUUGUUUGGUAAUUGUCUUCCUUCUGAAAUACAAGUUUCUAAAGUAUACUGAGUUAGAUGCUAACUUAGUGAGAGUCUGUUAGUUAUGAACUAAGUUUUGUUUUGUUUUAGUUAAAUGUAUUUUGCUGUUCUUAAAAAAUGGUGUCAGUGUCUAUACAGUCAUUUAUUUGACUGUUAUUUUCUCUUAGUACAUUAUUAUUUCAGUUUCUGGUUUUCAUUGUUACUAGUGAGCUAUCAAUGCUGUCGGUUUUAAUCAUGAUGUCUUUAUAGGUAAUCUCUAUUUUCUGUCUGUCUGCUUUUAAAAUCUUCUCUUUGGCUUUGAUGUUCUGCAGUUUCACAUGAUGUGUCUGGGUUUGGAUUUCCUUUAAUUUAUGCUUAGAUUCUUGAAUCUGAGGUUGAGUGUUUUUUAUGAAUUCUGGAAAAUUAUUAGUUAUUAUUCCUUUGAAUAUUGCCUUUCCCUUUUCUGGAAUUCCCAAUAUAAUAUUGGCCCUCUGUGCUUACUCUGUCCUCUAUUUCUUGUAACCCUCUCUUUCCUAGUUUUUCUUUCUGCCUCUGUGCAUUUUAAAUAAUUAUUCAGUUAUAUUCCAGCUUACCAGUGCAUUUUCACUUAUAUCUAAUCUGCUGUUUAAUCUGUGUUGAACUUUUAAUUUCUUAUAUUUUUUAUUUUUAAAAAUUCUUUUUGGUUCCUUUUCAUAUCUGCCUGGUCAGUUUAAAAAUGGUUUUCCAUUUUUAAAAAUUUGAAAUCUUUUAUUGCUUUAAAUCUAUUCUUAAACAUUGAUUUUAUAUUUGUAUCUAAUUAUUCUAGUAUCUGCUAUCUUUGUCUGUUUGAUUCUAUAGUUUCUUAUUUCUGCUUAUCCCUAGUUCAUGGUGUCUUCUUCAUGUGUUUAGUGAAUUUUCAUUUUUUGUAUAUAUUCAUUGAACUGUAUCCAAAGGAGUUCUUGAAAUUCUUGUGUUGGCUUCUGCCAGGCCCCUGGAGCACUAGCAACCCAGGGCCACUUUAAAAUUUCUGCUUGAGGCUUUUCAGGCCACAGCAUCAGUACAAAUACCAAACUAAGUCAGUAUGUCUUUGUCAUUAGGAAUUCUCAGGACAGUAUAUAUUUUUUCUCCACCCGCCCCAUCUCCCUCCCUUGUUUUCUUAGAGCCAUUCCCAACAUAGACUUGUUUCCUUCUACAGGCUGGAUUUUUUUUUUUUUUUUUUUUGGUCGUUUACUUCCUUAUGGGGUUCCCAGCUUUAUGUGGGAUUUUCUGAUCUGAGCUCUCAUUUUACUUGGGUCCUAAGGUUUGUCUUCUGUCCCAGCAUAUGUGGGUCAUUAAAACCAGGUGCUAGGCCACCAGGAAUUCACAGAAUCUCUCAGAGCAAAUGUUGUCUGUAACCCUUGUUAAGUCCUGUGGAAUUUUUUUUCUUUUCUAGCUUCGUAUGGUUUCCCUUAUUUUACCACCCGUCCAGCCAUACUUUAUAAAAGAUGUUUUUGUCAAGCAUUUUGUCAAGAUGUUUUUUACUGAGAGGUGGUCUCUACAUAAGUAGUCUGCCAUAUCACUGGAGUUGGAUAUAUCACUUCAUACUUUAGUAUAAAAUUCUCUCUGCAAGGGAAUCUUUGUGCAAAAUGUAUAUAUAAUGCAUGCUAAAUUAUAUCCUUUUUAACUUUUGUGUUAUAGGGCUAUAUUUCACGUUCUUCAAUGGUACUGUUUAAUAUUCUGAUUUCUGUAAGUAUGUUUUGUUAGAGAUGGAAAGAGCUGCUAAUUCUUUUGGGGACUACUUAAAUCUUAUUAGGGAUAUGUUUUCUGAGAGCAUUUAUAAUAAAAGACUCUGAACUCCUCUGA